AAGUGUUUGGGGAGGAAACAGAAGGCUUGAAUAAAGAAGAAACUAGCAUGUUGGGAUCAAGGAAACAUCCUGAGUAACAGUGAGAGGGAAAGGAAAUUAAAAAACAUACACCAUAAUGUAGGAUAAACAAUGUUUUUUUAAACAGGAUGUUUUCCAGUCAUCAUCUGUGCUUUAAAUGACAAAGAAUAAUCAUUCUCUGCUUAUUUAGAUGGCAUUACAUUCUUUUGUCCUGGUGAUCCUAGCAUCUUAUUUUUACUGAGUAAUUGUGAAGUCUUGUCUGAAACUUUUCAAGAAAUCUGGAGGUGGACUUCAAGUAAACAGUGCAGCUAACAAUGAGUAUUUUUUCCCUAACUGCUUUCAACACAAAGUAAGUGUUUAUUAGUUCUACAAACUCUAUGAGCAUUAACAGUUCACAUAUGAUGCUUAAAACCGCAUUACUUAUCACUGACCAGUGCAUGCUCAUGUUCUACUAACAAAAAUGUUUUUUUUUAAGAGUUUUGGGAUUCUACUGUGUAGCAGAAAUGCCAAGUCACAGCCUCAAACUGUGCUCAAGUGAUUGAGCACCUGGUGGGAAGAUAGGGCCAACCGAGGGGAGCUCAGGUACAAACAGUGCUCCUAAGUGAUAGGAAGGGGUGGAACCACAAUCCACCCCUUCCCAGACCUCAUUUAAGGUUUGGCAGUGGAGGCAAAGGUAUCUUACUGGAGAUCCCUAGUACUAGAGGUCUUUCAAAGGCAUGCUUUUUGCUUCACGAAGCCUCUGUUGCCGUGGCAUUGGAACUUACCAACUACAAACAAAUUUACUUUCUAGGUCCAUCAAGCUUUCAGCCUCUGAUACAAUGGCCUUUAGACACAAAAACACAAGACGAAUUGAAGGCCUUGAUAGCAAUGUGUGGGUUGAAUUUACAAAAGUGGCAGCAGAUCCUUCAAUUGUUAAUCUUGGUCAAGGCCUUCCUGAUAUAUGCCCUCCCAGCUACAUUAAAGAAGAGCUGGCAAAAGCAGCAGCAGUUGACAGACUGAACCAGUACACACGAGGCUUUGGGCAUCCAUCGUUGGUGAAAGCCUUGUCUCAAGUAUAUGAGAGAGUUUGUGGAAGAAAGAUUGACCCUUUCACAGAUAUUCUGGUGACAGUAGGUGGUUAUGGAUCUCUCUUUAGUACAAUACAGGCUUUAAUUGAAGAAGGAGAUGAAGUAAUAAUAAUAGAACCAUUUUAUGACUGUUAUGAACCAUUGGUAAAGAUGGCGGGUGCAAAGCCUGUUUUUAUUCCAUUGAGAUACAAAAAUGGUGGAAACUCUGCAUCUAGUGCUGAUUGGGUCUUAGAUCCAGCUGAACUUGCAAGUAAAUUUAAUUCGAAAACAAAAGCGAUUAUUCUGAAUACCCCACACAACCCUAUAGGCAAGGUAUUUACCAGAGAAGAACUCCAGAUAAUAGCUGAUCUCUGUAUUAAACAUGAUACUCUGUGCAUCAGUGACGAGGUAUAUGAAUGGCUGGUGUACAAGGGAAAUAAACACACAAAAAUAGCUACAUUGCCAGGUAUGUGGGAAAGAACAAUAACUAUAGGAAGUGCUGGGAAAACAUACAGUGUAACUGGUUGGAAGCUUGGUUGGUCUAUUGGCCCCCAGAAUCUGAUUAAGCAUUUGCAAGUAGUUCAUCAAAAUACACUAUAUUCUUGCCCAACUCCAUUACAGGAGGCUUUGGCACAAGCACUUUGGGUAGACUAUAAACGCAUGGAUGACCCAGACUGCUAUUUUUACUCACUGCCUCGAGAGCUGGAAAGCAAGCGUGAUCGGAUGGCUCAGCUACUUCAAGAAGUUGGGCUGACACCUGUCAUUCCAGAAGGAGGAUACUUUAUGAUUGUUGAUGUUUCUACAUUAAAUGUGGAUCUCUCUGACAUGGAUGAGAAUCAACCUUAUGAUUAUAAAUUUGUCCGAUGGAUGAUAUCAUCUAAGAAACUCUCAGCAAUUCCUCUUUCAGCAUUCUGUGGGCCCGAGACAAAAAGGCAAUUUGAAAAAUAUAUACGUUUUUGCUUCAUUAAGAAAGACAGCACUCUGGAUGCAGCUGAAGUGAUCCUGAAGAACUGGAAGAAGCAGAGCGCUUGAUUUUUUUUUUUUUUUUCUCUUAAUUAACUCUUCUGUCUGUAUAAUUAUCUUACACUAGGGCUUUUAUUGCAAACUUAAGAACAAAUUACUUAAUACAGUACAGAAUUAAUAUGACAUUGUAAAUAACUUUGUACUGCCACCUGCUGAGGAGUUAAAACAAUGAUUUACUGAUAAUGUAACUCAGGUUAUUUUAAUUCUUUUCAAAAUUAUUUACUUUUUUUCCUUUAAAAAUGAUCUGUGGGAUUCACAUCUUUGUCUUUGUCUUACUGAAUCAUGAAGAGUUCUAGCACUGGGAAAUAAAUUGUAGGUAUUUUAAGUUUUUUAGUAUGAGGCGGAGGAAAAUUACUAUAUGUCUCAGAGAAGAUAACCACAGUGCCUUUCUAUGUACCUAUCUACUCUGUCUGUGCACAGAUUGCAUCAGUUUAACUAAAGUGAUUGAGUUAAAUCAAUUAUGUGUUUAUACAGGCAAGAUCUGAAGGAAUAAUCAGUAUUUGGUUUUCCCACAGUAGUCUUGUGCUGUUCUGAAGGUAUUCAGUCCUCGAUAAAAUUAUGCAAGUGGCAUUUAGAAUAGGAUUUCUUUUAUUUCUACACUCUUAUACUACAUAAAUGAAUCUGCAAAGCAAAAUAAAAGGACUUGCUAUAGAGGCAUCUCCAUCAGGUGAAUUAAUCCUGUAAUCUCUUUUUUGCCCUUUUCAUGUCCACAAAAGCCAUUGGUAACUUCACAACAAACUUUAAACUCUUAAGAUCAAGUGGGAACAUGGAGAUGGGCCUGAUAUUGUGUUGUAAUUCUCUGAUACUGUGGAGCUCAACUUUGACUAUUCCUAGCUCAGUGGAUAAAGGACAGGUUCAGAUGAGAUAAAUGUGGAGAGUUCUUUCAUUGUUGUCUCCUCUCUGUGCAAUCUUUUAAUCUCUGCAUAGGUUUCCCACUAGUGAAUGCAAUCCAAGUAUGUAACCUUUUAAAUGUGUUGUAUUCUUCAUACUGGUUUGGUAUUCAUCCCACAGACCUUAUGCUGGAAAGCCCAAAGAAAUUCUAUUGCUAGAUUUGCAACUAUUUUACUUAUUAUGUGAUUACAGAGCUGGAAUCCAGCUGAAUCCCAUCAGUUUGUGACUAUGGACAAGGACAGAAAGAAUUGUAUGGAAAUCAGACUGUGAAGUGAUCUGCUAGGCUGCUUUGUCAGUAGCCCAGUAGCUGGGUCUUUUCAGCUGCCUUGCACUGUCGUUCUCCAGAUCUCCCCACAAAAAUGGUUAGUUGCUGUUUUCAAGAGGUCAUUACAAGUAAUAUGUAUACAGUUAUGAUAAAAAAUAAUAUCAAAAGAGGCUUAUAAAUAAAGAUCAUUGCGUCAUGCUAGUCUGAAAUAUAACUGCGAAAAAGCACAGUUCUACUUCUACAACUGUUCUUACAGUCUAAGAUUUCCCUGAGAUAGCUUGUUGGUAGCAUGAGAGCAUGUAUAUUAUGAGGCUGUGCAUCCUCUCAAAAGCAGAAAGGUGUUAGGAUGCUACUUGCCUCCCUUUACUGCAUUUAUAUUGCCCUGUGAACAGAAGCCUCGCUGCUUCCAAAACUCUUGAUGUGUCGUUAAAGGUCUGGACAUGUAAGAUGCAUUGCAGAAAUGAGUUGAUAUACCAAGUGUGAUUAAGCUGUUCUGGCUGGUGAUUGUUGCCUCCGUUUGCUCCUGAGGCAUUUGACUGACAUCUGGUAUUUUAACAGAAUGAACAUUGGCUAAAUAAACAAUUGCAAAGGAUCUUUAGACAAACAAGUAAGAUCUGAUGACUUACUGUCAUUAAUGCAGUUUGUUGUGUUUACAAAGGCAGUUGAAUAGCCCGUUGAAUGAUUGUUGGAAUGGUAAUGUUAAUGUGGGAACUGCAGCGUGUUUUGACUUUUAUCACUGAUGGUAGACAGCAUGUCUAAACUUGGAUUACAUUUUAAGAAACUCCAGUUAAGUAACAUUUUAAAAUUAGGAUGAUUGUUGUAACUACAAUGAUGGGAAAGAACAGGUGUAGCUGGGGACAACAAGGUGGAUUUUCCAUAAGUUAUUUGCAAGAUCUGUAGUAAAGACUGCUGGGAGUGGUAACCUCAUCUACCACAUCAAACACUUUUGCUUAGGGAGGAAAGCACUUGACAUACGGCUGCAGACAGGGAACAAAACCAGAGUAUGGUCCAUUGUAUUUUUUUUUGCAAGUGAUCGUGUUGGUGUAGUGUGAAUGGAAGCCUUAGUUGCUGAGCAGAAGGCGGGGAGACCUGCUGCUUGCUGGCACCGAUUGGCGGUGGAGAGCUUUCCGCAAAAGCCGCGCACCCUGCAAACCCCCUGGGGCUGAGUGCUGAUGUGGCGCAGCUGUUGCAGGCACUGCUACCUCCACAUCUCAGAGGUCAUAGGGAAACAUAAUAUAGCAAGUCUUAUUCCCCGUGAAAAGCAGGUGGUUUUUUUUUUUUUUUUAAUGUCUAUUUCAUCCUUUGGUUUUAGUGCGUAAAUGUCAUCGCAAGCAGAAAUAGGUCCUUCUUUCCCCUUUGCGACAUCGAGCUCUGCCUGCAGGCAGCCCCCACGCUGAGCGGCUGCCAGUGCGAGCUGUCUCGCCUCCCGCAGCUGCUCGCGGUGUCGGCUCCCAUCCGCCACGUUCUGGGCGCGCGCAGCCCGAGGCGCCCGGC